AUGGCCAUGACGCCAUCCGAACAGAAGCGCAGCUCCACGGGCAGCCGCGUGCUGGGCAUGACGGGCCCGCCAGGCGAGGCUGGGCUGCCGCCCUCGCGACCCUCGUCCAUCGCGACAGCCAACUCGGGCAGCCAGAACAGAUGGUCGCAAGUCAGCCCAGCGCGACGUGGAGGUGGCAUGAGUGUGGCUGGCAGUCUCGGACACCACAGUCGACCAGGCACGGCGGCCAGCAGAACCCACGUGCCGCUCGCUGCCCAUGGUUUCUUUCGUCCCAUGAGCUCGCAACGCCUUCAGCAGCAGCGCAACCAGCGCCCCACGUCGCUUCUCGGUCACAGCUCGCUCUACGCGGAUCCCGCCCUCGAGUCAGCCCGCAGCUCAUAUCGCCAGAGCGCAGGGUCGGCGCAAACCAUCCGGGGCGCGUCAGGCCUCCAUCACGAGCUGGACCUGCAGCCUCCACCUUCGCGCGGGACCGACAUCACCGACCGAGACAUGCCCGAUCGCACCACGGCCAACACCACGCCCACCGGUGCCGAGACAGUGCGCAGCCGUGGCGAGAGCAUCACUCCUCUGCAGCGCCCCAGGCCACAGCACCUAAAUCUUGCAAAUGUCCAUGAUGCCAGGCUCCCCACACCAAGCAAAUCUCCGCGCUCCUUCAGGUCCAGCUUCAUGCUCUCUAGUCGCGACGGUCGCUCGGCGCAGAUGCGACCGCAUCAAGGGCACGAGAAGCUCACGUCUGCCGAGUCAUCCCCCCGCCUCUCACGGAGGGAGGCUACCAAGGAAGCCGUCAAGAGGGAGCUGGGCAAAAACUACCAGUACUUCUCUGGCAACACGGCCUUCUGCUGGGGUGGUCGAUUACAAAACACGCGCGACCGGCCGGUUAAUGUAGCAACGGCAAUUCUUAUUCUUCUGCCCGCUGGUCUCUUCUUCGGAUUUUCGGCACCGUGGCUUUGGCUCCAUGUUUCCCCCUCGAUACCCAUUCUCUUUGCAUAUCUGCUUCUAGUCUCCUUUUCGUCUUUCAUGCAUGCUUCUGCCUCAGACCCGGGCAUACUCCCCAGGAAUCUACAUCCGUUUCCUCCGCCUAAUCCUAAUGAAGACCCCCUCAGUCUUGGUCCUCCUACGACUGAGUGGACCAUGGUCGUCUCCGCCACAGGCACCAACGCCGCCAUGGAGGUCCCGACCAAGUACUGCAAAAGCUGCAACAUCUGGCGACCUCCGCGUGCCCAUCAUUGCCGUGUGUGCGACAACUGCGUUGAGACGCAGGACCAUCACUGCGUUUGGCUUAACAAUUGUGUCGGGCGCCGUAACUACCGCUAUUUCUUCGUCUUCGUCUGUGCCACGACUUUGUUAGGCCUCUUUCUUCUUGGCGCUAGUUUGGCACACAUACUAGUUUGGCGGGCACAAAACGGCGCGUCGUUUGGCGCGGCGAUUGGCCGGUGGCGUGUUCCCUUUGCCAUGUGUAUAUACGGGCUUCUCGGAUGGUCAUAUCCCUUCAGUCUGGGCGUGUAUCAUUUGUUCUUGGUUGGAAGGGGCGAGACAACACGUGAGUAUUUGAACUCUCACAAGUUCCUCAAGAAGGACCGACACAGACCCUUUACCCAGGGCUCUGUUUUCAAAAACUGGGCUGCCGUGUUGCAACGCCCACGUCCGCCGACAUAUCUGCGUUUCAAACGCAAAUACGAGGAAGGCGACCAAAGGUUCGGUCCGCGCAAGGACAAGCGAACCGCGCCUUUGGCUCCAGAACAACAGGGCGGGGGGUUGGAAAUGCAGGAUGUACGCGCAUCAGAGGGCUUCUCAGGCCCUGCUGGUCGGACAGUACGUGAUGAUGCAGAAGCGACGGUGAACUAA